AUGUUUCAACGCAUUCAAUCCUCUUCUGUACAAGCCACCAGUUGCAUUGGCUUGAUGAUAACCAUACUUUUCAUGAUGCAUCAUACAACACUUGCCAUUCAAACCGAGUUACAUUCAGGAAAAUCGGUAUGCUUUACUGAAGAUCUUCCAGCGAAUACUCCAGUAACGAUUACAUACAGUCCUCCUCCGACAGUAGCUUUGAGUACAUUGGUGGUACGGGAUCCUUUUGGAAGUGUCUUGCUAGAGGAACGAGAUUUUACUUCACAUCAACCUCAUAAAACUUACUUUACGACGAAAGGAGAUGUUUCUGGACAGUAUGAAUUGUGUAUCUUGCCCACUCAAUUCACCAAAGAUCAUGUCUACAAGCAACCAGUAUUUGCACAAAUUACCAUUGAUGCAGACAGGUAUCAUCUUGAAAAGGAUCAACCAACAACUAGAGAUCAAGUUGAAAAGUUGGAUGGAUUAUUGCAAGAUGUGAGAAAUAAGAUUGAUCGGAUCAGUAUGGAACAAUAUUAUUUCAAAGAACGAGAGGAAAGAUUUAGGCAUACGACAGAUUCCACUCACGAACGAUGUUGGUGGUUGGGUGUGUGCAAAUUCUCAUUACUUGUUGGAGUGACUUUUUGGCAAAUGACAAACCUUAGAUCAUUCUUUAAGAAGAAAAAGUUGAUUUAA